AUGUAUAGCGAGCAGAGCGGAAGCCGGACAAAUCUCAACAGGUCCCGAGAUGACGCAACACCUGUGCCGUCGACGCUCCCGGAGGUGGUUUACUGCGAGCUGCCAGAGGUGGUGCCGGACACAUAUCCAGAGGUGGUUCACAGUACACUGCCGCAGGCGGCUCAUAGUGAUUUACCGCAGGUGGUGCCCGGUACAAUAUCGCCGGUGGAAUACAGUUCAUUACCAGAGGCAACAACCGGGCAGGUGAAUGGAUGCAACAUGGACCAACAGAUGAUGACAGUUUCCGCACCUCCGCCAACUGUCUCACCUCUGCAUCUACUCGGAGACCAACCCGACUUGAUCGACUGUCCCUUUUGCGAACGACAAACGAAGACAACAGUCAAGAAGAAGCCCUCCAAUGCAACACAUAUCCAGGCGGUUCUCCUUCUGAUGACAACUGUAUGCGGUGCAGUCGCACCUUACGUUGGGUCUUGGUCAUACGAUAUUGAGCAGUUUUGUGGCGAAUGUCGCAACAGAGUAACAUACCGACCGCAAGGCAAGGAAAUUCGCGUGUGCAAACAGCCGGAAUCUGUGCGGGAAGUUUCCAAAUACGCCAUGGCGAGUCGUGAUUCCAUCAACCGAGAAACUUGA